AUUUAAUUUGAGCAGCGAAUCGAAGCACUUUGCUCUCUGCAAACGAGAGAGUACGUUCAAUCUUCCGAGUCGCGCGUAAAUUGAUAGUCCAGUGGACAAUCGCGGAAAAGGAAACGAGAGCACGACGAUUAAACGUUUGCCAAUCGUUUGCCAGGUAUGUUCCGUCGAUGCGUGAAAGAUUUCUGGGAUGGAACGUACCGCCGGAGUACUCGGAUCUCGUGCACCCCCACUGGAGAGGGUUCAUGGCACCUGGAAAAUAUUGGCACAUCGGACUUGCGCUCAUCUAUUCGAUGCUGCUGGCAAUGUCCUGCGUGGGCAAUUGUUGCGUCGUAUGGAUAUUUAGCACAUCGAAAUCGCUGAGGACGGCUUCGAACAUGUUCAUAGUCAGCCUGGCAAUAUUCGACAUAAUAAUGGCCCUGGAAAUACCGAUGUUUAUAGUGAGCAGUUUCGUCGAGCGUAUGAUCGGCUGGGAAAUUGGAUGCGACAUCUACGCGGUGUUGGGCUCGGUCUCUGGCAUGGGACAAGCCAUCACGAACGCUGCCAUCGCCUUUGAUCGAUACAGAACCAUUUCCUGCCCGAUCGAUGGACGGCUCAACUCGAAACAAGCCGCGGUAAUCAUCGCCAUCACGUGGUUCUGGGUGACGCCGUUCACUGUUUUACCGCUGUUGAAAGUUUGGGGUCGAUUCACCACCGAGGGAUUCCUCACUACUUGCUCGUUCGACUUCCUGACGGACGACCAAGACACCAAGGUCUUCGUCGUGUGUAUCUUCAUCUGGUCUUACGUGAUUCCUCUGACCUUCAUCGUAUACUUCUACUCUCAGCUACUCAAGUCCAUUCGCAAUCACGAGAAAAUGCUCCGAGAACAGGCAAAGAAGAUGAACGUGAAAUCGUUGGUGUCGAAUCAGGACAAGGAAAGGAGCGUUGAACUAAGAAUCGCCAAAGUGGCGUUCACCAUCUUCUUCCUCUUCCUACUAGCUUGGACGCCGUACGCAACGGUCGCCAUGAUUGGAGCAUUUGGCAAUCGAUACCGGCAAGAAUUGCAAAAGCGGUGCAAAUGGAUGGGCAUUCACGAGCCGGAAACAACCCACGACUCCGCGUCUGCCCAGACUGAGAAGAUUAAAUCGGACGAGGCAUAAAUCGAGCUUUCUGAUCCUGAACUUCCAACACGUUAAUGCGCUAACGGGCACGAUCGGUCCUCCAGCAUCUCGAGAUCGAGAUACACUGAAAACCACCGAAAAACCACCACCACCACCGGUGUCAUCUCGGUCUCUCGACUCUGGUUUCUACACUCUCGAUUCUCAUACACAUAGCCUACACGUAAAAUCGGAGAUUCUACGUGGCUACGUGAAAUCUUGAAUCACUAUACGAUGUUAAUACGCGGUUGUACUGUUGUUGAAAC